UAAAAUACUUAUAUUGUAUCUGUAUGGUAUAGUAAUACACCGUAGUCAAAUUUACUAGAUAGAAGAUUUUCAAGAUUUGUUAAAUUUAUUAUUUUUUGCUUUUUUGGUAUGCCUAUGGGUUAAUUAUUCUAUGGUAUAUACUAUAUUAGUUUUUCGAGUUACAACUUCGACUUAAAGUCUUGUUAUUCGAUCUUUUAUUAUUUUGUGAUGUGAUGGAUCCAAUGAACUUUCGCGUCGUUUUCAUUUGAUUAUUGUUAUCUAAUAAUAUCUUACACACGAGUACUACACGACUCAUAAUUUUGUACAUUUAUCGUAUUACCGAAAUCGACCUUGCACGUCUUGCGACGUAUUAUCUUAAUCUGUAAUUAAACCAGUCGCGUUGUAGUAUUAAUAUAUUUUAAAAAUCGCGCUUUCAUACUAAGUUUUUCAUAUCCACCAUCUAGUUGGUGUGUUUGUGCCUGAAACUGUUUUAAUUAAUUUCUAUAAAAUGUAUCCGAUGUAAUAACACCUAUAGCCCAUGCACAUUUUUUUCACUAUGUUAGAAGAUAUCAAAAACGUUAUGAGUUCCAAAAGGCUGAAUAGCGAUUCAAAUACACCUCAAGCAUUCGUUCAGGACUUAAAAACUGGAAAAUUAUCCGAGGUGAAAAUUGACAGUAAUUUUCUCUUUGGACGCGCUAAACAAUCCUCGAUUGUAAUUGAAGAACUAUACAUUUCUCGUUCUCACUCUACUAUCAGUUAUGCAAAUGGUCAAUUUUUCCUUGAGGACAACAAUUCAUUUACUGGUACGUAUUUGAAUUACAAAAAAAUUUCAAAUGUCAAAGUUCAAUUACAAAAUGGAGAUCUUAUUGCCUAUACUGACAGAAGUAAUACCUGGGAAUAUUUAUACAAGUUUUGCUUAUCAAAUUCUAAGAAGAAACCCAGAUUAGACGAAGAAAAUGCCGCAUUGAAGGACAACAAAUUAUUAAAGUUAAAAAUAAAUAAGCUUCAAGCUCUAAUAAAUGAAUUAAAGCAAGAAAACAAAGAAAGCAUCCAUAACGCUAGAUUUGCAAUGUCUAAUGUAAAAAAAUUGAUUAACAAAUCAACAGAAUUGAAUAAAAAUCUGAAGGACAAAACUAUUGAACUACAAAUUCAGAAUCGAGAGUUGAUUAAAAAGUUGAAUAUUUCUAGUGAACAAUGUGAGAAGUUAAAAGAAUCGUUGGAUACUAAAACUGCACAGGAUGAAGAACCUAUAGAAAUAUUCAAAACUCAAAUCAAUAGACUCUUGGAAAAUGAUUUUCAAUGUUCUAUUUGUAAUGAAGUGAUGUUACGGGCAAGUACAGCUAAUUGUAAUCACACUUUCUGCGAAAGCUGUCUCAAUAAAUGGUUGUCUAAAAGCAAAUUGUGUCCUGUCUGCCGGAGUAUUGUACAUAAUACAACUUACUGUCUUGCUUUGGAUAAUUAUAUCACAAACCUAUGUGAUAUUUUAGGUGGAACAAUAAAAGAGCAACGCACAGCUUUACAACGUGAAAGGAGUGGGCCUCCACCUCAAGUGGCUAAAAGAGGUAGAAGAAGGGCAAAUCCAUCAAUCCGCAAUAGAAGAGAAACCACGUAUGAUAUCACCAACAGUGGUGAUUUACUAUCAACGAGGGACAAUGCAGCAUCCUUGGCUUUCAGAAGAAAUAAUGCUAUGUUUCUAGCCUAUAACUUACAACCUGUACUUGAUAUUGUAGAUCUUACAAAUAAUACUUCUCGAUAAUAUUAAUUAUUUCCUAUAAUAUUUUAAGCAUACUGGAGUGAUUUUAUAUUUGAUUACUAAUUUAAAAGCUGCUCAUUUCAUAAGUUAAUUAAGUCUUAGUGCAUUAUAUUAUGAUAAGGCACCAGUGUUCAAACAUUUUUUUUUAUUUUAAAUUUAAUUCUAUAUUUAAUGUAGACAUAAGAAUUCAUUAGAAACACAAUAUUAUUUUGUAUAUAAAAAAAAUAUUUAAUAAAAGUAUUCUAUUAUAAAUA